GAAAUCAAACCUUAUUCAACACCAAAGGAUUCACUCAGGAGAGAAGCUAUUUCUUUGCUCAGAGAGUGGAAUACUGUUCUCUGAGGGGGGGAAAGGUAAUAUACAUUUUCCAAAACACAGUCUAAUGAAUGCAUGUAAAUGCUUUCGGUGCAGAAAGUACUUCAGACACAGAUCACAGCUCCAAGGAAUCCAUAAAGGGGAGAAGCCUUUUGAAUGCUCAGAGUGUGGAAAGAGAUUCACUCAGAGGAGCCAGCUUCAUGUUCAUCAAAGAACUCACACAGGGGAGAAGCCAUUUGAAUGCUCAGAGUGUAGGAAGAGAUUCAGCCAGAGUGGCGCUCUUCAACAACAUCUAAGAACCCACACAGGGGAGAAGCCUUUUGGAUGCUCAGAGUGUGGGAAGAGAUUCCGUCACAGGGGCACACUUCAAAAACAUUUAAGAACCCACACAGGGGAGAAGCCUUUUGAAUGCCCAGUGUGUGGGAAGAAAUUAAGUCACAGGGGCACUCUUCAAAAACAUUUAAGAAUCCAUACAGGGGAGAAGCCUUUUGAAUGCUCAGAAUGUGGAAAGAGAUUCAGUCAGCAUUGCCAUCUUCAAGUGCAUCUAAGAACCCACACAGAGCAGAAGCCUUUUGAAUGCUCAGAGUGUGGGAAGAGUUUCAGUCAGCGUGACCAUCUUCAAAAACAUCUAGGAAACCACACAGGGGAAAAGCCAUUUGAAUGCUCAGAGUGUGGGAAGAAAUUCAGUCACAGUAGCGGUCUUCAACAACAUCUAAGAACCCACACAGGGGAGAAGCCUUUUGAAUGCUCAGAGUGUGGGAAGAGAUUCAGUUACCGAUGUUUUCUUCAAAAGCAUCAAAGAACCCACACAGGUGAGAAGCCUUUUGAAUGCUCAGUGUGUGGGAGGAAAUUCAGUCACAGUAGCACUCUUCAAAAACAUUUAAGAACCCACACAGGGGAGAAGCCUUUUGAAUGCUCAGAAUGUGGGAAGAGAUUCAGUCAAUGUAGCCAUCUUCAAGUGCAUCUAAGAACCCACACAGGGGAGAAGCCUUUUGGAUGCUCAGAGUGUGGGAAGAGAUUCAGUAAGCGUGACCAUCUUCAAAAACAUCUAAGAACCCACACAGGGGAGAAGCCUUUUGAAUGCUCAGUGUGUGGGAAGAAAUUAAGUCACAGUAGCGAUCUUCAAAAACAUUUAAGAACCCACACAGGGGAGAAGCCUUUUGAAUGCUCAGAAUGUGGGAAGAGAUUCAGUCAGCAUGGCCAUCUUCAAGUGCAUCUAAGAACCCACACAGAGCAGAAGCCUUUUGAAUGCUCAGAGUGUGGGAAGAGAUUCAGGCACAGUGGCACUUUUCAAAAGCAUCUGAGAACCCACACCAUGUAGCUUAGUGGUACUUUGUCUUUUGAAUGACAUCUCUACUGAUGUAAUCAAGAAGGUGGCAACUUUUUUCCAAUGUGCUAUAAUGUUGUGUCAAGAUAAGCUUGACAAACAAUGUUGAUAUAUCUUUUUAACUGUAACUCAGUAUUCAUUCACUUUUUAAUAUUAUUGUGUUUGUUUUAACCUACUUAUAAUAAAUGCCAGUAAAGGCAGACUGUGUUAUCUAACCAUCUAUUUCUAGUAGCACAAUAGCACAGUCUGGACAAUAGUUACAGUAGUCUGGACCAAUAUGGAAGUGCUCAUGGCAAAGAGACACCUUGACAACGCUGAAUGGGACAAGGCAGCACCUCCCUGAAUAAAGGUGUGGAGAAAUGCCAUUUUAGGACUGUAUUUAACUGGAGGCAGGCUUUGGGGCUUAGUCUCUUCCUCCUUCCCCUUCCCCUCCUGUCUGGAAGCAGCAAUUCUGAGGAGGCCUCCUAGAGAGACAGGAAGUCUUUCUGGCUGGUCUCCUAGAAGGCUGCAGGUGGGUAAACCAGUUCCUGGGCGGGAACUGGGUUUUAUAUUAUAUAUUUUUGGCGGGAAGCCUUUAGUUUGAGUUUGAAUUGAGUCUUGCUUGCAAUAGUCCAGGUGAGGUGCCUGCGCUGCAGGUCAUCUAGUAAGGGCGAGUAGUAUAAUAGGGAGAGAAGGAGUGUUCUUUCUUCCUACUAUGAUUUGUUGCUUCUGUUCACUUUUUUAAAAUGCCUGUAAAUAGUUGUAUGUUGCAAAUAAAUGUUACAUUUGUUUAAA